AUGACGCGAGCGCCCGCCGCUUGCGCUUUCCGCGACGUUAAAGCAGUUCGGCGGCGCGCGGCGGCGACGAUGGCGACGCCGGCGGUCGCGUGCCUGAACAGCGCGCGGCUCGCGCUCUCGCGCGGGCAUCGAAGAGCGUCGCGCGCGGAUUCGCCGCGCGCGGCGAGCGCGGUCGCGACGCCCGCGCGGCCGCGCCCCGGCGACCGCGCGCGGCGCGCGCCGAUUCGAGGCGAACUUCGCGCGUGGGCGCCCGUCACGAUCCCACCGCGCGACGGCGGCGCGACGUUCGCGACGCCGCACGAGAUGAUGGGGUACUUCUCCGGCGUCCUGAAAGACGCGAAGCUGUGCCGGUACCUGGACGGCGAGGCGCGCGACGCGGUCGCGAGCGUGUUGCGCGCGCACCCGGACGCGUCUCGGAAGAUGGGACGCGGCGCCCCGCGCGGGUUCCAAGUCCGACAGGACCCGGAGAAAGGGUACCGAUACUUCGUCGUGAUUCGCGAGGACGGCACCGCGGAAGACUUCAGCGUUCGCAAGGGCGUCGACGCGCUGUUCCCGGGGUUCGCGAACGUCAAGCGCAAGGGCAACCAGACGCGGAGGGAGCGACCGGGGGCGGACGGAAACGAUGUCAACGCCGCGGCAAAUGCUGCCAACUUUUCUUCGCCCUCGUCGGCGGUGGACGUAGCCGUGAACGCGGCGCGCCUGAACCGCGUCAUCACCGACUGCGUCUCCGUGGACGAGCUCCUCGAGCUCCUCGCGACCGACCGAGGCGCGCUCGCGCGCUUCGAUCACAUCCACGUCCCGACCGCGUUCGUGACGCUGAACAGGCUCGCGGCGGCGGCGCCGAUGGGGGACGCGUCAGGCGCGGUGCGAUUAAAGCUCGACGCCGACGAGGGGUUCCGGUCGCUCGUCGUCCUCGCGCGGGUCAUGUGCGCGGACGGCCGCCUCGGCGCGCAGGGCCUCUCCAACGUCCUGCACGCGCUCGCGAGCAUGCACGCGCGCGGGGUGCUCUCCGUGGACGGCGACGCGACGAACCUCCGCGGGUUGGUCGCGGCUCUGGAGCGCGCGACGCCGCGGCUAUCGAAAAAGAUGACGUCGCAAGCCGCCGCGAACGCCAUCUGGGCGCUCGCGACGAUGCGAUGGGAGCUCGGCGCGGACGCGUGGGACGCGCUCGAGGCUGCGGUCGUGCGGCUCGGCGGCGCGCGAGGGUCGAUGAACGGCCAGGAGGUGGCGAACGUGCUGUGGGCGUACGCGACUUUCGGGUGGGAUCUCGCCGAGGAGACGUGGUCGGCGUUGGACGGCGCCGUCACGAGCGUCGCGGGCGGCGGCGGCGGCGGCGGCGGCACCGAAAACGAUAACGGAUCAAACGGCUCAGAUUCAAGCGUUUCUUCUUCCGGGUACGGCCGGAACCGAUUUCCGAAACAUUAUGACCCGGGGGGGGACGCGCGGACGGCGAUGAGCGCGCGCGCCGUCGCCAACGCGCUCUGGGGUUUCGCGACGCUCGGAAGACGCCCGUCCCCCGCGGCGUGGAAAGCGCUCGAGCGAACGAUGAUCCGAACGUCGGACACGAUGAACGCGCACGACGUCUGUAACGUAUGGUGGUCGUACGUUACCCUAGAAUCCUCGCCGUCGCUUCCCGCGGCGCGGGACGCGUUGGAGGCGGCGACGGCGCGAUUGACGCGGACGAUGGCCUCGAAGGACGUCGCGAACGUCACCUGGGCGCUCUCCAUGCUUCCUCGCGACGCGCCGCCGCCGCAGGAGAGCACGCUGACGGCGAUCGAGCGCGCGGAGGUUCGGCUCGCGGGGUCGAUGCGCGCGCGCGACGUCGCGAGCGCGCUGCUCGGGCACGCGACGAACGCGGGGCGGCGCCGGCGGCUGUCCACCGCGU